UUGACCUGCUCGUUUCAUUGCGUUUGCUUGGAUGAGCCGGUCAGUUUGAGUUGGAGCGUCGAAAGAGGGAAUGCUACCUGGUUGAUCCUGCCAGUAGUCAUAUGCUUGUCUCAAAGAUUAAGCCAUGCAUGUAUCAUUGCAAUUGUUGGUCUUCAACGAGGAAUUCCUAGUAAGCGCGAGUCAUCAGCUCGCGUUGACUACGUCCCUGCCCUUUGUACACACCGCCCGUCGCUCCUACCGAUUGAAUGGUCCGGUGAAGUGUUCGGAUCGCGGCGACGUGGGCGGUUCGCCGCCGGCGACGUCGCGAGAAGUUCACUGAACCUUAUCAUUUAG